AUGGGGUCUCAAAACCAAGAACCAUGGCUCUUAGAGAAUGGCAAUGGCAACAUCAAAGGGUUGAGCAAGGAGAUGAGACAUGGUAGAACGGCACAUAACAUGUCAUCAUCUUCAUUGCGCAAGAAAUCUAACCUCAGUCUUUUGUCAAAGGUUCACUUUGUGUUCCUCAGAAAUUUGCUUGUUAAUUUCCAAGAGGUUAUUCUUGGAACCAAGCUUUCUAUUCUUUUCCCAGCCAUUCCAUUUGCUAUCAUUGGUGAAUGCUAUGGCUUUGCACGACCUUGGGUUUUUGCAUUGAGCUUACUUGGGCUUACCCCACUUGCUGAACGAGUCAGCUUCCUCACAGAACAGGUUGCUUAUUACACAGGUCCCACAGUGGGAGGACUUUUGAAUGCAACAUGUGGGAAUGCUACUGAACUCAUCAUAGCAAUUUUUGCACUUAGUGAUAACAAAAUUGCUGUAGUCAAGUAUUCUCUCCUUGGUUCCAUCCUUUCAAACCUUCUACUGGUUCUUGGAACCUCUCUUUUCUGUGGUGGCCUUGCAAACCUUAGAAGGGAACAAAAAUAUGACAGGAGACAGGCAGAUAUGAAUUUGCUUAUGCUGCUUAUGGCAUUUUUGUGUCACUUGCUGCCAAUGCUGUUCAAAUAUAGUGGUGCCUCAGAAGCUGUAACUGUAGACUCAUCUCUGAAGUUGUCAAGAGUUGCUAGCAUUGUGAUGGUGAUUGCAUAUUUUGCUUACCUUGUCUUCCAACUGUGGACUCACAGGCAAUUAUUUGAAGCCCAAGAUGAAGAUAAUGAAGAGGUUGAGAAUGUUUCAGAAGAAGCAGUGAUAGGAUUCUGGAGUGGGAUUGUUUGGCUUGUUGGGAUGACUGUUUUCAUUGCUUUGCUUUCUGAAUAUGUGGUGGAAACAAUUGAGGAUGCAUCAGAAUCAUGGGGUUUGUCUGUAAGCUUCCUCAGCAUAAUCUUGCUACCAAUAGUUGGCAAUGCAGCUGAACAUGCAGGAGCAAUCAUAUUUGCUUUCAAGAACAAGCUGGACAUCUCAUUGGGUGUUGCUUUGGGUUCUGCAACUCAAAUUAGCAUGUUUGUGGUACCCUUAUGUGUGAUUGUUGCUUGGAUUAUGGGUAUCAAAAUGGACCUCAACUUCAACCUGAUAGAGACAGGGUCUCUUGCUUUGGCAAUAAUAACCACAGCCUUCACAUUACAGGAUGGAACUUCACACUACAUGAAAGGUCUUGUUCUCCUGCUAUGCUACAUUGUUAUUGGGGCCUGUUUUUUUGUACAGAGAACACCCUUAGACCAAGCUGAUGUUAAUAACAUAACCCUUAAAUCAGCAACUGAUGUAGAUUUUUGAGCUUAGUAG